AUGUCGAGUGCUCGCCCCGCCUGGACGCGCCUCAUCCGCUUCGAGGGCGCCGAUGGCCAGGUGCACAUGGGCGAGCCGGAGGAUGCGACGCUCGACGUCGGGCGCGCCAGCCGCGACGGCAAGCCGUUCAGCGCUCGCCUUCUCGAGGGCUCGGCGCCGUGGGACGCCCGGCCCACCGGCACCCGUGUCGACGUCAAGCGCCUGCUCUGCCCGCUGCUGCCGCUCGAAGUGAACACAAUCCGCUGCCUCGGCCUCAACUACGUCGACCAUGCGCGCGAGGCCGGCCUGCCGCUGCCCAGCGUGCCCACGCUCUUCCACAAGCCACGCACCGCCCUCGCCGGGCCGUGGCCGAGCGCGGUGCGCGUGCCCAAGUGUGUGCAGGACGAGCAGAGCGACUACGAGGCCGAGCUUGUCAUCGUGAUCGGCCAGGACUGUCGCGACGUCCCUGAGGACAAGGCUCUCGACUACGUCCUCGCCUACACGGCCGCCAACGACAUCUCGGCGCGCAAGGCGCAGUUCGAGACGAGCCAGUGGAGCCGCAGCAAGGGCUUUGACACGGCAUGCCCGCUUGGCCCCUGCCUCGUGUCGGCCGCCGCGUUCGGCGACCCGAGCAGCAGCGGGCAGCGCAUCCGCGGCCGCCUCAACGGGCGCGAGGUGCAGUCGGCGCCGCUCUCCAACCUCGUCUUCUCCGUCGCCCGCGCCGUUGCCUUUAUCUCGCAGGGCACGACGCUGGAGCGCGGCAGCAUCAUCCUCACGGGCACGCCGGCGGGCGUCGGCACCUUCUUCAAGCCCCCAGUCACCCUCAAGCACGGCGACGAGUUCGAGGUGGAGAUCAGCGGCGGCAUCGGCACGCUGUGCAACAGCAUCGAGUACGAGCACGAUGCUUCCCAUCGCGUGUCCCGUCUGUAG